AUGCCUUUGCCUAAUAGCAUUCAAGGCACAUAUACGGUUCGAAGAAAUUUAGAAGUCCUAGAUAAUUUCAAGUCCGGAAAAGUUAAAGCCAAUUCUAUCUAUGGAGAGAGCCUACGGAAUAAAGAUGGUAUAGUCACUAUACUCGAUUUGGAUAGUCAAAUGCCUAGUCUCUCCAUUCAGAAAAAUAAAGGUAAAUAUACCAUCUCUCUUGCCGAGACAACUUAUGUUUUUCCAUUAAUUGAUGAUGAACAUGAUGUCAGGCUUGUAACAGACGAUACUCUGCUUAUAACAGAAGACGGCUUAUCUGUUAAACCAGAGACACUCCUGCAACCUCUCUAUAGGGCUCCCGACUCACGAACAGUAAGCCUAAACAUUGAUGAUGAUGAACUAAAAGUUGAGGAUGAAAAAUUAACAGUCAUUCCUUAUAACUAUGAUUUUCCACUCUACAGGGAUGCCGAAUCACGUACGGUUGGUUUACAAGCAGAUGAUACUUUGCUUAUAACUGAAAAUGGUCUAUCCGUCAAUUUCCCUGCUCCUGAGACGCUGAAAAAGCCGUUGUAUCGUGACCAGAGUGUCCUUGGAAUCAAACUUCAUAAAAGUCUAAAGGUUAAUAGUUCAGAUGAACUCGAAACAAACUCAAGCCAACUGUUCAAAGCAUUUGGGGCUAUAAAGACAUCCAGCGGUGCGGAUAUGCUGUUAGACAUCGGGUCUUCAUGGCUCAACUUUGGAUUUGGUAGUCUGACCGAAAUGACUAAUGUGUUAGGAGAGGUAGACACCACAGCAAUACGCUUAAUGGUCGAUUCUUCGACAUUCAGUCAAGCAGGGUCUCGCUUGAGCCUAAAGUCGCCUGGCUACGAACAAAUCCUGUAUGGGAAUCUAACAUACGGUUUUUCAGGAAGUCCUUCAUUCACCUAUUCAACAACACUUUCAGAGUUGCGAGUUCCUAACGUGAAGUUGACCGGAACGAUGCCAGCCUUUGGAGACUCAUAUGUGGUUUCAAAGGGUUAUAUGUCCAACUUUUUCGUAGGGUCUCAAACAGGCGCGGUUGCUAUAGGGCCCGAAUUUUCAAAUCGAAGAGAAGUCGGAGUACUUGUUGACAACCAAACCAUACGAAUCAUUGGAAAUCAACUUGUUUCAGGUUUGAUUUUCCAGGAUUUUAAUGGAGUUUCGAUUCGGGCAGGGACUACUAACGAUGUAGUCUUGAGUUUGAAGUGUGAAGCCGGUUCUUGUCUCCAAAUGGUGAAAGCGGAUACCAUUAAAGAUGUGCUUACUUGCUCAAAUGGAGUUGAGCGACUCCAGAACGAUAUACAGUUGAGUUUGAAAUGUGAUGCUAAUUCAGGGCUUGCAAUGUCAGGUCGUGAUACAAUCCGCGAUACUUUUACAGCAUCUCAAGGAGUAACUCGAGUGGGCAACGAUUUCAGAUUAUCUCUUACGGCACAAGGUCCCGACUUAACCCUCAAUAAUGGUGUUCUCAGUUCGAACAUCGCCGCGGGAAUCGGACUCCAGAAAAAUGGUGCCGUUUUAUCAGCGAAUCUACGUGGAAUAAAUGGUGUCAGUGUUUCGGGAGACCUGAUUUCGUGUUCGCUUACAGGAAGCGAUACCGUUCUCCGAGUUGGUGAUAUGCUGAAAGGGAAUUAUAUUGGCUUGACAAACUCGUAUGGAAGUAUCGUAGUUGUGGGUAACACGAUACAGUAUAAUAUGAUUCCUCCACAAUUCAUUAGUAACAGUCCGAAUCUUAUAAUCACAGGAAGUUAUCCUAUAUACAAUUUUACCAUCAUAGACCCAACUCCACUUUCGAAACAGAAAGAUACUGAUAAUACGGAACAAAGUGAUACCGCUGAAGUGUUGAAAACUGAUGUUCCGGGAGGAAAUGUGGUUGUUCUUUCUGGCGCAACUCCGUUGACCACAAUUCCGUUCCCUUCAAUGGUAUCACCACCAUUAACAGUUCCCCUUGCUGUAAAUUCGAUUCUUCCAAUUGUCUCGACGUUCCCUUGGGGAAUGGUCUUUGGUGGUGAACGCCAGCGAAAAGUAGAAAGAGAUGGUGAGGGAAAUCCAAUACUCGAUGGAGAAGGGAAUCCUAUAUAUGAACCGGCUGACCCGGUAACAGGUCAACCACCUUUAGAGCCCGGCUCGAAUGUUGCAAUUGCAUCUGACCCCAUCGGAGGGUGCACACAUCUCUUGUUUGAUACGCCUUCAUGUUAUCAAGGUAUCAAAUAUGAGUACCCUCAGCAAGCAAUCAACCUCUCGAUGCUAAGGGAUUACGAUGAUGAAGUCAUCAAGCCUUGGGUUGGAAGUCAGAUUACGAAUUUGACAUCGAAUAAUGUUACAUUUGGAGGAAACAUCAGCGGUAAACUAAUCAGCGGAACCAGAUUGAGUAUUGCUCCGGGAGUGACAGGCAGUUCUGCCGUUUCAACAUAUUCCACAUUCGAUGGGGCUAAGAGUACUUGGUUUGGUCUUGACGGAAUGGGAUUUUUAGGCUAUAAUCCAGGUGCAUCAACAUGGCUCGGUGCUCAAGAUUCAUCAAUGUUUAUUUUUGCAUGCGCGGGGAGUACGCCGAAUCUUGGGCUCCGAAUCGACACCAAUGGUUCGUCAACAUUUGGUAAAAACUUAACGGUUGCCGAGGGCGAUUUUACCAUUGGCACUGCUGUUAACGGGUUGCGUUCUCUUGUGAUUCGUAACACAAGUACUGGAAACAACGCUUGCCCUAUUUUGUUUCUCACCAGCGCGACUGGAGUCGCUCCGAUAUUCCUUAAUGGACCAGGUCGAACGGUCGAUGGUGGAGCGAACACUUUAACGGUACGCAAUGACUGUGGGUCUGUUCGCGUGCAAGCGCUAGGCGCAAAAGGGUUGAGCAUUGCUGGAACAAGUGGCAACAUUUCACUGGAUAGCACCACCGUAUCAACUUCUCCAAUAACAGGCGCCUUUGUUUGUCCAGGAGGAGUUGGUAUUGGAAAAGAUGUAUUUGUCGGUGGUAAUAUCUUUGCGUCCACGAAUCUGAAAGUUGCUACAGAAUCAUUCGUUACGACAGCCGUUGCUUCAAAGCAGAACACAUCCCCUUUGCUCGAUGCAAUCAGUGGCUUGUCACCUACACCUAAUACCUUCAUCAUGGGAACGGCUGGAGGUUUCAAUGUGACACCUGUUUCUUCAAUUCUAGGUGGAUACCAACCUAUUCUAACGAAUUCCUCAGCGCUCAAUAUCUCUUCUCUUACAACAAGCGGCUCAAUAAUUGUAAAUGGCGCCUCUGAUAUUGUGUUCCAUGUUGAUAACAUCGGAAAUGGAUUGAUGACAGGAGGACUGCUUGUCGAGGAUGAUUUGAAUGUAGGAGGCAUGAUUUACCUUGGAGGUGUCGAGGUAGCCAGCCAACAGUUUGUUAUUGCUAAUACAAAUCCUAUUAGUCAGUCCUUAUCUUCACUUCAAACCACUGUCACAAACAACAACAAUUCCCUAACGACAGCACUUGCAUCGAAGCAACCCAUGAAUAGCACGACAAACUCUAUCUACACAAUGACUGUCCAGCCUGACAGUUGGCUAUAUUCAUCUGGGGGAACGAGUUUCGAGAAUGUAACAAGCGCUCAAGUGAAAUCUAUCCUCGAUGUUGCAACAAAUGCUAAUGUUAGUUCACUCCUUUCUGGGAAGCAAAGUAGCAUAACAACUUCAACAAAUUUGUCUCUGGCAAGUCUCACUGCAAAUGGUUAUUUAAGCAUUGUGAAUGCCGCCAAUCCAACAUACAUGUCACUAGUCAACACGGCAUCUAAUGUGACUUGGGGUCUUCGAGUGGCUGGUUCUUCAGCAGAUGGCUCUAAUCCUGCCGGUGGUUUUGGUAUAAAUUGUUUGUACAAUAAUGUCGGUUAUCUUUUCAAGAUUUCUAAUACAGGAAUAACCCAAGUUACAUGCACAACAGAUUCGACAUCCUCUUCUACAGGUGCGCUUCAGGUCUCUGGUGGUAUGGGUAUUUCCAAGAAUCUUUAUGUUGGAGGAGCCUGUACUCCAAUAAUGUGA